AUGGAGGAUUUCUCUUCUUUCAACACACCUAUCUGUGAGAAUCACAAUCUUGGUCCAGCUCAUGAGAGUGUGGAAGAUGUUGAUCCAACUCAGUACAGGGCAAUGAUAGGUUCUCUAAUGUAUUUGACCGCUUCAAGACCUGACAUCAUGUUCGCAGUGUGUCUAUGUGUCAGAUAUCAGGCUAAUCUUAAAGAGUCACAUAUGAAAGCAGUGAAGCAUAUACUUCGUUACUUAAAGGGGAAACCUAAACUUGGGUUAUGGUAUCCAGCUGCUAGUGAUUUGAAGUUUGUUGCCUACACAGAUUCAGACUUUGGAGGAUGCAAGUCUACCAGAAAGUCAACUACUGGUGGUUGUCAGUUCUUAGGAGGGAGGAUUGUGUCUUAG